GUUCGAUCAAAACAAUUUAAUUCCACCCCUCUUUUUUUUUUUUUUUUACAAAAAGAUCUAUUACAAAUACUGACAACAAUUGAUCAGAUUCCACGUUGAUUGACGUCAAUACAUACUCAUGUGUGUAACACGCCGCCAUGCUCACGCAAAUCAGCCAGCUCCAUGCUUCCUCCUUGCCUCCAUAGCAAUUUCUCCGGCAGACUUCAGCGAUAAAUCGUCUUAUGCUAAAUUGCAGAAGUAUCACUGGCUGUCCAUGCGUCUACAGCACGUAUCUAGUUUAGACCAGUACCUAGUGUGGAUAGUAGCCACCUCAGAUUGAUAAGGG